AUGUCAAGAACAAGGGACGGUGUAUCAAAUGAGAAGAACCCUGGAGAAGUGGUCAUACAGAUAGGCUGCAGGCGAGUGAUUCGUGAUACGCAUUCUUGUGUGGGCUCUUCGGCUGGGUCCGGAGAUGGCAGGCGUAGCAGGAAAUCCGAGUCAGCCUUAAUAUCAGCUGAGUUGAAGCGAAGUCAGCUGCAGAAAGUGUUGGAAAUGCAGGCUGUUAGAGAUGAGCAGGACCGUGAACGACAGCUACUGAGCGACAAGAACAAAAGCGACCCGGAAACCUUGGGCAUUAGCCUCGAUCCUAUGUGUCAAUCCGUGAAUCCGUGA